AUGCUAUUAGAGGCUCAGGAAUUAAGUGAAAAAGGAAAGACGGUUCUUAUUGAUACUUAUUAUGAUAAGUUAUUAUAUUAUUACAUUGAUAAGUAUUGUAUGCGUUGGUUAAUUUCGCCUUCGGACCGCUAUUUUUCGGUUAUGAAGCAAAUUGCGGAAAUUGAUAAAGACAUUCUGCCUGAUGCUGAUAUUGCGGUUUUUUUUGAAAUUAAUUAUGACGAUUGGUUAGAACUCUUAAAGGUCCGAGAUCGUUCUACGGACCACGACGAAGCUUUUAUGAAAAACUUUGAAACCCAAAAAUUUCUCUUGGAAGCGACCAAAAAAUUAUGCGAAGAAAAAGGAAUUGAAGAAGCAAAUUAUACUUUCGGAAAGUGGCCUAGCGGUAAGGCACCUGGUUUGGGACCAGGGGAUCAUUUUAAAAAUUGGUUGGAGAAAAAUAUAAUCGAACAAGAAGAGGAAGUAGUUAAAUUAAGAUUGGAAAAGCAAAUAAUCUAUACUAAUUUAACUUCUAAUGCUUUGAACAGAUUUAUGGAUAGUCUAGAAGCCACCUUGGAUAAUGAUGACACUUGUCAUCUUUUCCCUGACUAUUUUCCUCAUAAAAGUUUUGAGAAUUUGUUUAAUCCUUCUGCUUGUUAUUUUGGUAAGAAAACCAAUAAAAAACGAAUUGACAAGUUAGCGAUAGAAAAUAAAGAUUUGCAAGAGAAAAUUGCUAAUCACAAAAAGGAGAAAGGUGAAUUAGUAAUACAAAAAUGUAAUGAAGUGUCUAUUUUAGAAGAUGAAAUUAAUGAUUUAAGGGCUGAAAUCAACCAACUAAAAUUUUCUUUGUCUACUAAAAAUGAAGAAAUUGCUGCUUGUCUGCUUAGCAAAGUGAACGGAGUAAAAGGGUUUAGUAUUAAUCAUAAUGCUGGAACAAAUAAUGCUACCGAACCCCACACUCAUUUUCAUAUUGUUCCCAGUUAUGAAGAUGAAACAAGAAGCAAGCGAAGACAACUUAGUGAGAUUGAAAUGGGUAAAAUAGCCCAAGAAUUAAAAAAAGGCUCUGUUCCAAAUCCUAAUAACCCACCUAAUCCAAACGAUUCCAAAGGAGGAGAAAAAAAUGCUAAUGGUAUUGCUGAUGCUAAAUUUCUUCAAGAUGUAGCCAAACUUACUAACUAUUCGGAUGAUUUAGGCGAAUACGCUUCGUUUAAUAAGAAAAUUUUGGAUUUAUACCAUAAUAAGAAAUUUACCGAAAUCGAAAUUUACCGUAAUAAAAUGAUAAAGUAUAUUGUAGAAAAAAAAUCUGCUUCAUCCAUUGAUGAGUUGAAAAAAAUUUUAGUAAUAAAAAAUGAUGAGCCGACUGAUAAUUCCAAUAAAAAUAAUGAUACCUCGGACCCAAAAAAGGAUAGUCCGCCGAAUGAUAACCAACCGAACCCGAAUAAACCAGAUAGUUCUCCGCUCGAAUUACCUACUAUUGAUACCAAAAAAAUAACUAAUGCGGAAAAUAUUGAAACCGCCCAACUUAGUGCUAAACAACAAAUUAAAGCAUUAUUCAGCAAAAGUAAAAUUAAACCAAGUGAUUUAGACAAAUCAUUAUGA